AUGCCGUUAGCACCAGACCUCGGGGUCCACAGCCUGGGCGACAUUGACGAGUCCCAGGUCCCGGGCACCAUCCAGCUGGUCGACCUCGACGAACACCUCGCGACCCGCCAUGCCAAGGGACACAAGGAUAUCAUCCUCGUGCCUACCCCGUCGAGCGACCCUGAUGACCCUCUGAACUGGUCGCCCGGCAGAAAACGCCUUGCCCUUGCAAGUGUCCUGGCGUAUACUUGGUUCAACGGCAUGGCCCUGUCUGUGGUAUACUCUGUGGAGACUUCACUGUCUGUUGCUCUUGAUGUUAGCGUGUCGAACCUCAACGCCGGCACUGGCUAUUUCUUCCUCUUGUGUGGGUGGGGUCUUCUAUUCUGGCAGCCUUUUGCAUUGCAGUACGGAAAGCGCAUAACAUACCUUGUGUCACUUGUUGCUCUCUGCGCUAUCAGUGUCUGGAGCCCUUAUGCCAAGGGCGAGGGCCAGUGGAUUGCAAGAAACAUUGUCAUUGGCUUCUUCGCCGCGCCGAUUGAGGCAUUGCCCGAGACGACCAUAACGGAUCUAUACUUUGCACACGAAAGGGGGACUUAUAUGGGUUGGUAUGCGUGGUUCCUCGCCUCGUCCAACUUCUUUGCGCCGGUUAUCACGGGAUUUAUCAAUGAUGGUAUUGGUUACAAAUGGUGCUUCUUCAUACAGGCGAUCUUUUGUGGCGUCGUGUCAAUAUUCUUAUUCUUCUGUUUAGAGGAGACAAACUACGACAGGAAGACGGUGGGUGUAGUUGAAGACAGCCAGUGGCCGUCGCAACCUGAAGCUGAAGCUGUGGACGAAACCAGCGAUGCGAAAGCAGUCCCAGAGAAGACUGCCACGAACCCUGCCACAAACACCUCGCCAACCCCCGUCGAGGGUACGAGCACCCCAUACAAGCGCAAGACGUACGUGGAAAAACUCGCCUUGUGGGACAAGCCACGCCCCUUCGUCAUGCACUGGCGAGCCUGGCAGAUCCUCAAGCUCCUAUCCUGGCCGGUCAUCUUCUAUGCCGGGUUCUCGUACGGAACAUAUCUGGUUUGGUUCAACAUCCUCAAUGCCACGGCAUCGAUCAUCCUCGGCGGGGCACCUUACAAUUUUUCGGCGGCAAUCGUCGGCCUGUCCUACCUCUCGUGUAUCAUCGGCGUUACUAUUGCCUCCAUUUUCACAGGCGUGUUCUCAGACUGGUUCGUGAUCCGCAUGGCAAGACGCAACAAGGGCGUCUUUGAGCCAGAGCAACGUCUGUGGCUGUUCGCCGCCGCCACUAUUAUCCUCCCCGCAGGCUCUAUCCUCUGGGGUGUCGGCGCCGCACAUGGCGUGCACUGGUUCGGCCUGCUCUUCGCCAUGUUCCUGAUCUCUCUGUGCAACGCGUGCGGUGUGACGCUUUCGCUGGCUUACCUGGUGGACUCGUACCGAGAAAUCGCAGGCGACGCGCUGGCUUCCUGUAUCAUCGUUCGCAACACCAUGAGCUUUGCGAUUGGCUAUGGGAUCACCCCAUGGCUCGACACGCUGGGUUAUCAGAACUGCUUCAUCAGCGUGGCCUUUGUGGGACUGGCGGUGUGUUCGGUGUUCUUGGUCAUGAUCAGGUUCGGGAAGAAGUUCAGGGAGGCGUCGAGAGUGAAAUACUGGAACGAGGUCAGGUUGAGGAUGGAGAAGGGGCUGGUGCAUUGAGUUAUGCAUAUCCCUCUCAUUGAUGGGCGCCAGGGAUUCAUAACGAUUUAAUCCUGAUGGCGCAAGAAGUAACUUCUCCCAGCUGUAGGGACAAUUUUGGUUUAUCAAUUUCAACAUAGACUAUUAAUUACGACGCUUUGCCAGUG